UAGCAUGCGGCUUCUCGUAGCUCUUCAUGAACAUCAUCGAUCAACCAUGGUAUCUUCCAUCAUUCUGUCGAACAAACUCUCAUACCUAUGUGAUGGUUAUUAUGGCGAAACCAACGUACAUGUAGCUUCUCGGUCCAGCGGAGCGUUCCUCACAACCGUCUGUGCAAUCAUCGAACCCUCGUCGAUCGCUUGGUAAGAGGACCAGGAACACACGGCGAUAUUUUACCUAUCGCGCUCGGAGAAGACUGUAAGCUAUAGCAACACCAAUCAUGACGAGUAACGAAGCCACCGGCCUCGCCAUUCUAGCCGACGUGCUUUCCGAAUACCGUGACCGCAUAAGCAUAGACGGCAGCUCCAAAAUCCUCUGCACCUCCGCCACCGUAGCCAAACAUGUCGCAGAGCAAGUCAAAGACAUCUCAACGCCCUACGGACCGAAGUUCACAGUCGUCUCGAAAGACUCGCAAACCUCGGAACUUGGCCCCAACAUCACAUCAGAACCCAUGGACGGCCUGAUGGCGAAGAUGGACUACUUCUCUCACGCCAUCACGGACGUCAGCGCCGAAGACGGUAGAUCGUGCAUGGAGAUUAUGAAGUGGGCCAAGUAUGCUCUGCAGCCUAAAGGUAUCGCUGUCGUGAUCGCGCUGAAGAAGCAGGGCGAUGCUGGGGCCGAGGAGACGGACUUGAGAGAUCGGAUUGUCAAGCAGAGCAAAGGUAGAGUGCAGAGUCUGAGUGAUGUGCUCGAGUCUGCGGGGUUUGAGACGGGGAAGAUUAGGAGUACGGAGAGGUCGGUGGAGGUGGAGGGGAAGAGGGUGGAGGCGGAGUUGGUGUUGGCGAUGAAGUGGGAUCAGUUGACUGCUUAGCGCUUUCGAUGGUACGGUUUGGUAAACCAAAAAUGAUUCGCUCGCUAUGCCGACUGUUAUCAUUACUGUUGUGGUGCAAGAUAUUCCGACCAUUAGCCUUCGAUGCUG